AUGCAGGCCUCGCUGGGUGCGGGCUUGGUGCAGUGCCACAUGCCUGAUGCCCCAGUGCCACGGGGUCACGCAUUCGCUGCGCACAUCUUCCCCCACCGCUGCGCACCACACAUGCAAGGUUGGAUAAGCAUGGACAAUGUGGACGACGUGGCAAAUGGACUGCUCUUCAUCAAACCUCUGAAGCGGGCUAUGGAUGCUGGCCGGAUCUACUUCAGCUACGACAAGCGUGAGGAGACGUUUGUGCGGCUGUCCAAGAGCUGCAGGUUGAACGUCUCCUCACGCUUGUCGUAG